UGUAACUAUUUACCUAUGUCAUCUGUUAUUAUUAUUGGAUGCAUUAUUUGACAGAGCAAAGAGAUCGUGGAUCAUGCAAGAUGGGCGGGGACGUACGAGUAGCAGUGGCGUUGAUAACGCUAUUUAUGUAUCUUGAUGUCUCUCUGGUCUUCUGUCAAGAAAGAUGUUCGUAUAUGACGAGUAUACCACGCGAACCGAAACCAGACGAUCUGCCUGAACUCAAUUUUGAUGGAGUACCAUUCGGAGAGAGACCGUUCACGCCUGGCCCGGAACGUGAUGACGUGUGUAUGGACGAUUACUUCCCCAACACGGAUACCACUGGCACCCAGAUCAUCUAUAUGGAGGAGGAGAUCGAAGGAGAUGUGCCCAUUGCUGUUAUAAACUAUAAUGGUACCCAGGAGCCGUAUAUAGCGUCCUUCAUAUCUGGGUCUUUCAAUCUGCUCGGCCCUGCAAUACGAAAGGAAGAUGACAAAUGGUUACUGUACAUUACGCAAAGACAGGAUUACGAGACUCCGGGCAUGCAACGGUACAUGUUCAACGUGCGGGUGGACGGCGAGCCGCUGGUCGCUGGCUUGUCUCUGCAGAUCGUGAACAUUGAUGAUAACGAUCCUAUCAUUCAGGCUUUCGAUGCUUGUCGAGUGCCAGAGCUUGGUGAUCCAGGUUUAACAGAGUGUGUCUAUCAAGUAACAGACGCGGAUGGAGAGAUCAGCACCCGGUUUAUGACGUUCGAGAUCGACAGUGAUCGGGGAGACGAGAAGAUCUUUUACAUACAAGGAGAUAACAUACCGAACGAGUGGUACAGGAUGACGAUGACUAUUGGAUUGAACACAUCGCUCAACUUUGAAAUAAACGCCCUUCAUGUAUUUAGAGUCACUGCAUAUGAUUCGUUCCCCAACAGUCAUACCGUAACCCUGAUGGUUCAAGUAGUGAACGUGGAGCACCGGCCGCCGCGCUGGAUAGAGAUCUUCGCGGUGCAGCAGUUCGAUGAAAAGACCGAGCAGAAGUUUAACGUGCUCGCAAUAGAUGGCGAUACUGAUAUCAAUAGACCGAUAUACUACAAAUUAGAAACAAAUCCAGAAGAUACUUUCUUCAAUAUAACAACAAUAGAAGGAGGAAGAGAAGGCGCGGUCUUUCAUGUGUCUCCAAUAGACCGGGAUGAGCUGCAGAGAGAGGUCUUCCAGCUGUCUAUCAUUGCAUACAAAGAGAAUAAUGAGAGCCUUUACGUGGUAGCCAAUGUCGUCAUCAUCAUCAAUGAUAUCAACGAUCAAAGACCAGAGCCACUAUUCAAGGAAUACUCUAUAGACAUUAUGGAAGAGACGCCUAUGACAUUAAAUAUAGAACAUCUGGGCUUUCAUGACCGGGACUUGGGUCAAAACGCACAAUACAGCGUGCACCUCGAGAGCGUAUCUCCUCCUGAUGCGGCGAAAGCUUUCUAUAUAGCGCCAGAAGUGGGCUACCAGAAGCAAGAGUUCAUCAUGGGUACCCUCAGCCACUCCAUGCUGGACUAUGAAGUGCCCGAAUAUCAAAAUAUCACUCUCCGGGUGGUAGCGACCGAUCUUAACAGGACUGAUUUCGUGGGCGUUGCUACCGUGCACAUCAACCUGAUCAACUGGAACGACGAGGAGCCGAUCUUCGAGCAGGACGCGCAGACUGUCAGCUUCAAUGAGACGGAGGGUAGCGGCUUUUAUGUUGCCACUGUGCUCGCGAAGGAUAGGGAUAUUGAUGAUAGAGUUGUUCACUCGUUGAUGGGUAACGCAGGACAGUUUCUCAACAUCGACAACGCGACCGGCGCGAUCCACGUGGCUAUCAACGAUGCCUUCGAUUACCAUAGACAAAGCGAGUUGUUUGUGCAGGUGCGAGCGGACGAUACCCUGGGUGAGCCGUACCAUACGGCCACAUCUCAACUUGUCAUACGCCUUAUCGACAUCAACAAUACACCACCCAGUCUUCGAUUGCCUCGUGGAAGUCCUCGUGUAGAAGAGAACGUCCCUGAAGGCAUGGAGAUCACCCGCGAGAUACAAGCAACAGAUCCAGAUAGCACCGCCGAACUACGCUUUGAGAUCGACUGGACCACAUCAUAUGCGACAAAGCAGGGCCGAGAAACUGAUGCGAGAGAGUACCACAAUUGCGUAGCAAUCGAGACAUUAUAUCCGGACGAGAAUAAGCGUGGCGUGGCGCAGGGCCGCGUGGUUGUGCGCGAAAUAAGACCCAACGUGACCCUCGAUUUUGAGGAGUUCGAAGUGCUCUAUCUGACCGUCAGAGUGCGCGACAUUAACACCGAGAUAGGCGCUGAUUAUGACGAAUUGACAUUCACAGUGAUCAUAGUAGACAUGAACGACAAUCCGCCUGUGUGGUCUGAGAACAGUCUGAACCAAGAGUUACGAGUGCGCGAGAACUCAGGCACGGGAAUCGUAAUAGGAUCGGUUCUGGCCACAGAUAUUGAUGGACCACUCUACAAUCAAGUCAGAUACACCAUCGUACCUAGAAACAACACGCUGGAAGACCUCGUGAAAAUAGAUUUCUACACGGGGCAAUUGGCAGUCGACAAACCGGGUGCCAUAGACGCCGACAUCCCGCCUACCCACUACCUGUACUACACGAUUGUGGCUAGCGAUAGAUGCUACGAACCUAAACCUGAAGACUGUCCCCCAGAUCCCACUUAUUGGGAAACCGAGGGCAAUAUUACAAUCUACAUAAUUGACACCAACAACAAGACGCCUCGUGCAGAGACUGAUGAGUUCGACGUCGUAGUCUACGUGUACGAGAAUGCCACCUCCGGUGAUGACAUCGUGUACCUCGUGUCCAGCGAUGAUGACAGAGACGAAAUGUACAAUACGGUGCGGUAUCAGAUCAACUACGGUUUCAACGUGCGCCUGCGCAGCUUCUUCUCAGUGGACCUGGACAGCGGCCGAUUAUACGUCAACUACACCACGGAGGAGACGCUGGACCGUGAUGGAGACGAGUCCACGCACACCAUAUUCUUAAAUCUUAUUGACAAUUUCUACUCUGAGGGAGAUGGUAACAGGAAUCAGAACACGACGACAGUGGAAGUGAUACUGCUGGACGUUAACGAUAAUGCCCCGGAACUGCCUGAGCCACAUGAAUUAUCCUGGUCCGUGUCGGAGAAUCUCACAGAGGGAGUCCGCCUAGAACCGGACAUCUAUGCACCAGACCGCGACGAACCGGACACUGACAACUCGCGCGUUGGCUACGACAUCCUCAACCUGACGCUCACCAACCGCGACCUGACCCUGCCACGACUCUUCAACAUGAUACAGAUACAGAACGUCACAGGAGAGUUGGAGACUGCAAUGGACUUGAAAGGAUACUGGGGAACGUAUUCUAUACAUAUACUAGCAUUCGACUAUGGCCAUCCACAACAAAGCUCUGAGGAGCACUACGAGCUCGUAAUCAGACCAUACAACUUCCACGAGCCGGUGUUCUUAUUUCCGCAGCAUUCUUCCACAGUUAGACUCGCUAGGGAACGAGCCAUGGUAAACGGUAUGCUGGUGCUGGUGAACGGAGAAUUCCUGCAUCGCAUCACAGCGACCGACGAAGACGGUCUCCACGCCGGCAUUGUCACAUUCUCUGUCGUCGGUGACGCGGAUGCUGAGAACCACUUUCAUGUGGUGAACGACGGCGAGAACACGGGCACGUUGAUGUUAAAGCAGCUUUUCACCGAAGUCACCAAAGAAUUUCAAGUAACUAUACGAGCCACUGAUGGCGGCACAGAACCAGGCCCGCUGUUCACAGACUCAACGUUGAAUAUCAUAUACGUACCCACGCAGGGUGAGCCGGUAUUCUCCGUCAGUACAGUGCAUACUACUUUCUUCGAAAAAGAGGGAGGCUUGGAAGAAAGCCAGCAGCUUCCAUUAGCAGAAGAUCCGAAGAACUAUCGCUGUACCGAUGAUUGUCACCUCAUUUAUUACAGGAUUGUCGAUGGCAACCAAGGUGGGCACUUUCAGCUGAACGCACAAGACAACAUCUUACGUGUGGUGCGAGAGUUAGACCGCAACACUAGCGCCGAGCACACUCUGCUUGUGGCCGCCUCCAACUCGCCAACUGGAGGGUCUAUCCUUCCUGGUUCCACACUCACCGUAUUUGUUACAGUAAGAGAAGCAAAUCCUCGACCAAUCUUCGUGCGAUCACUUUAUACAGCGGGAAUUUCCACUUUAGAUACCAUCAACAGAGAACUACUCACUUUACAAGCGACACAUUCUGAGGGAGCCACAAUCACCUAUUCGGUAUUGAACGAGACAAUGCAAGUGGAUCCGAGUCUGGAAGCAGUGAGGGGCACAGCAUUCGUACUGAACCCGACGAGCGGCGUGCUCACACUGAACAUGCAACCGACAGCUUCCAUGCACGGCAUGUUCCAGUUCCAAGUCCUCGCCACAGACACUGAAGGAGCCACGGAUACAGCAAAUGUGAAGAUAUAUUUGAUCUCAUCAAUGAACAGAGUGUUCUUUAUCUUCGUCAACACGCUGGAGCAAAUUGAGAAAAAUAAAGACUUUAUAGCCCAGACUUUCAGCAUAGGGUUCAACAUGACGUGCAACGUGGACCAGGUGGUGCCGGCCACAGAUAACAGCGGCGUCGCGCUCGAUGACCUCACCGAGGUGCGCGCGCAUUUCAUACGAGACAACACACCUGUCACCACUGACGUCAUCGAGGAAUUGCGCAGUGAUACUGCACUCCUGCGCACCGUGCAGACAACACUGAACACGGAGCUGCUGGUGCUGCGCGAUCUGGUGACCGGAGACAGUCCUACGCUAACACCUGCCGCCGGCCGUAACGCUGUCUACGUGCUAGCCGCGCUCUGCGCUCUUCUAACGUUGAUAUGCCUUGUAUUGCUUAUAACAUUCUUCGUCAAGAGUCGCGCACUAAAACGUCGUCUAGAAGCACUGUCGAUGACAAAGUACGGAUCGCAAGAUUCAGGCCUCAACCGUGCGGGGCUGGCGGCACCCGGCACCAACAAGCACGCCACCGAGGGCUCAAACCCUAUCUGGAAUGAAGCCAUCAAAGCCCCCGACUUUGACGCUAUCAGUGGCGACUCCGACGAUUCAGACCUGAUUGGAAUUGAAAACCUGCCGCAGUUCAGAGACGACUACUUUCCGCCAGAGAAUAGCUCAAUACGAGAUAUCGAUGUUCUCAACGAUAAUAACAAAGUUAAGGAUACCGUUGCAAAUCAUAGCAACAAUUUCCAGUUCAAUACAACUCCCUUCAGUCCGGAGUUUGCCAAUGACUUCAAACGAUGAAAUCUUGA